GCACGGGUCCGUGAUGUGCGUUGACGCGUUUUAUGUGUACAGGUGCGCUUCCGAAAGGCGCACGCAGCCGGCCAAUAUUGACACACCUGCCCCCCCGUCCCGCCGCCACCCCGCCAUCACCCCCGAAGCCGCCGCCGUCGUCGAGCCUCGUUCGGUUGAAAGCCCAUUUGAAUACGACACCGGCAAAGCUAGUCCUCGAGAAAAAUGCGAUAUUUACGCCCGGUUACUGAUCGACUUAGAC